AUGCCUCAGUCAAAGACAGUGGUUGUGCUCGGCGCCUCCAUGGCCGGAGUUCCAACCGUCCACAAGCUCCUCACCGAGGUGGCGCCAAAAGUCCCGGGUGGAUUCAAAGUGAUACUCGUCGCUCCCAACACGCACUUCUUUUGGAACCUCGCCUCCGUCAGGGGUGUCAUCCCGGGCAACUCGAUGCCCGACGAGAAGCUCUUUUACCCCAUAGCACCAGCCUUUGCACAAUUCGGCUCGUCUCAAUUUGAGUUUGUGCUCGGAAAGGCGACAAAGCUCAACCCGGAAGCAAAGAAGGUCGUCGUGACAGUGAAUGGAAAGCAAGGUGGCCACGCUUCGGAAAAAGUAAUCUCAUAUGACAUGGUCGUCGUCGCCACGGGCAGCUCGGCCAAGGAGGGCAUGCCUUGGAAGAUUGUAGAGGACGUCGAAACCACAAAAGGCAAGCUGCGAGACAUGCGCAAGCAAGUCGAACACGCAGAGUCCAUCGUGGUGGCCGGAGCUGGCACGACCGGAGUCGAGGUUGCCGGCGAGCUGGGCCAGAACUACAAGGGUCAAAAGGAGAUCACUCUCAUCGUCAACGACGAGCUGCCCCUGACCCCUGACGUGCGCAGCGACAUUCGCGCCCUGGUCGUUGACGAACUGAAGCGGCUCGGCGUCAAGAUCAUGACCUCAAGUCGCGUGACUAGCGUCAAAGACGACAGCGGCAGCCGCACCGGCGGCAAGACGCUCGAGGUCACGAGCAAGACGCAAGGCACGACCAGGACGAUCCGCGCCGACGUGUACCUCCCGACGUUCGGCAUCGAGCCCAACACGGACUAUGUGCCCGCGCACCUGCUCGACGAGACCAGGCGGGUCAAGACCACCACCAGGCUCCGGGCCGAGGGCCACGACGACGUCUACGUCGUGGGCGACGCCUCGAACCUCCAGUCGCCGCAGUCCCUGCACAUAGAAGGCCAAGUUGCUUACCUGAUCAAGGAGCUGGAGGCGCGGCUCGUCUCGGGUCAGGGCCUGUCGGAGGAGUACAAGCCGGACGGGACCGUCAAGUUCGCAAUGAGCAUUGGUAGCAAGCGCGGCACGGGUCAGGUUGGCACGUGGAGGCUUCCGUCGAUGCUGGUAUGGUGGGUCAAGAGCCGCACUCUGCUUACGGAGAAGACCCCCGAGGUGCCUGGCUACGAAAACCCCCUUAGGGGUUUUACUCCGUGGCAAGGCCCGGGGUCGAACCCCGGUCCUUGCGUUGGAAGGGCGCAAGGGGACGAGUCCCCCAACGAGCUUCCAACUGCACCACGGGGGCAGGGAACGGAUCCCAACACCCCCGUGGCGCGGUGA